UGUGACCGGUUUCACGUGUUUGUUUCAAUAUAUGCUUAUACAGACGUUUAUCUGCAUCACCAUGCAUGGUCAUAUUAGCUGAAGGUGGCCGAGUCGUGGUUUAAGAAAACUAAGAAUCGAAAAAUGAUCAAUGUUGAUUUUGAUAGUGAUAAUGAUAAUGAAAAUUCUAAAGAUGAUGAUGUUAGCUGCGAUAAAACUGUUAGUUGUGAUAAAGCCGUUGACUGUAUUUGUGUCAAGUAUUGUGGCAAAUAUAUAAAUGUGGACAAUCGCGAUAGUUUAUCAAUAAACAAGGAAGGCAUCAGGAAAAUAUAUUAUCAAGAGCAUAAAAAAUUUGAAUUGUUUAAUGGCAUGGAAGACUCUUUUGAUUAAAAUAUAAAAAGAUAUUAUGAAAGGGAUAUAACCAAAAUUAAAGAAUUGAUAAAUGAUAUAUAUCUUGGAACAAUUUCUCAACAGAAUAUUGUCUGUAAGUUA